AUGUUCCCCACUCGUGUCAUGCGGAUGCAGGCCUCUCGGCCUUUUGCUUUCCCUACUCCUAAGGAGGCCCAGAGCGCUCACACUAUCUCCCAGCGUCUGCGCACCCUCAAGAGGGUCCCCCCAGAGUUGAUUCCUCUCGGUAUCGUCCUUGGCGUCGCUGUUGGAGCUGCUAUCUACUCCAGCGGCAAGAAGCUCAUGACCGACAAGACUCUCCGUCUUAGCCGCAACAGCCCUGAGAGCCGUGAGCACUAA